UAUCUAACUAUUAACCUAUCUAUGAGGUCUACCCCAAUUAAAAAACAUCGAAGAAGAAUACUAAUAAUGUGAAGAGAACAAGACCAAUAAGAGGAAGAAGACGACAAAAGGACGAAAAAGAAUUCUUAGUUUCAUUUGCAACUUGGAAAGGUGUUAAAUCUGACGGAGGGUGCGACUUUGGCGACUACUCACGAUCGCUAGUUCAUUAUGAAGACCAAUAAGUCAUACAAGCUUGUCCUGCACAAGAGAGGUUUUGGUGGAAGUGAUGAUGAGGUGGUGGUCAAUCCAAAAGUCUUCCCUCAAAUUUGUCUUUUGGACAUCAUUGAAAUUGCACAUCCCGCAGAUGAAUUCAGUCCCCUUUUGCUGCAAGUAAAGAGCUUAAAAGAAGACCUUCAAAAAGAGACAAUCAGUGUGGAUCAGGCUGUGGCACAAGCCUUCAGACUCCGUGCAUACCAAGAUGUCUUUGUUAAUGUUGUUGAUCCAAAGGAUGUCACUCUGGACUUGAUGGAACUGACAUUUAAGGACCAGUACAUCGGCAGGGGGGACAUGUGGAGACUAAAAAAGAGUUUGGUGAGCACAUGUGCGUAUGUGUCACAGAAAGUGGAGUUUGCUGGAAUCAGAUCCCAGGCAAGUGAACUGUGGGUGAAGGGGGAGAAAGUGACCUGUGGAUACAUCAGUGAAGACACGAGGGUUGUGUUCAGAUCCACAUCUGCAAUGGUUUACAUCUUCAUCCAAAUGAGCUGUGAGAUGUGGGACUUUGACAUUAACGGUGAUUUAUACUUUGAAAAGGCUGUGAAUGGUUUCCUUUCAGACCUUUUUGGCAAGUGGAAGGAUAAAAAUUGCACUCAUGAAGUGACAGUUGUGCUCUUUUCACGCACUUUCUACAAUGCAAAAUUAAUUGAUGAAUUUCCCGAGAGUCUUAGAGCGUCAGUCCAACAGGAUCACGAAGGACGUUUUUAUGAAGAUUUUUAUAGAGUUGUUGCUCAGAAUGAGAGGCGUGAUGAAUGGACAUCCCUAUUGGUCACUGUCAAGAAUCUCUUCAUUCAGUAUCCUGUCCUUGUACGACUUAAAGAAGCAGAUGGGCUUCCCUUUGGCUGUAAUUCAACUUCUGCUCAGGGAAACUACUUGGAAGCAAUCAACCUUUCUUUUAAUGUGUUUGAUAAGCAUUAUAUCAAUCGCAACUUUGACCGGACUGGUCAGAUCUCAGUUGUCAUCACGCCGGGUGUGGGAGUUUUUGAAGUUGACCGUCUGCUCAUGAUUCUGACCAAGCAACGGAUGAUUGACAAUGGUAUUGGUGUUGACUUGGUGUGUAUGGGGGAGCAACCAUUACAUGCAGUACCGCUCUUUAAGUUGCACAAUCGAUCGACACCGGACUCUUGUAUGGGGAAUGACUAUAAUCUGCCUCAUUGGAUCAACCAUAGUUUCUACACCUCCAAAAGUCUGAAUUCUUGCAAUACCUUUAUUCCGCGACUCAAAUGUGCUGGUCACAAGUGUCAUUGUGAAAAACUAAAGAAAGGCACCAAACAAACUCUAUGUAUACAAAAGGGGUGGGACAAUUGUCUGCCUAUACAGCUGGACUAUGAUGCCUAUGACUCCCAGGUUUUCAGACUCCCUGGUCCUUCACUGAUUCAGAGAAAUCCCAAUUGCAGUGUGUCCUUCAGGAUGACUCGGAGUAAAGAGAGAAGUGAAAAGAAAAGCUGUGGAUCAGUUGAUGUUGCAACUGGCAUAGGCAUAUCCCCUCCCUUGUGCUUUGGUGGUGCAGAUGAACAGCAUAGCCUGGCAUCUGAUGAUAGUCUGGGCCCUGUGUCCAGCAUGUUUCUCAUACCUAGGAUGCCCUCAAUGGUUUAUGAAGUCAGUAGCUCUUUAGGAUACGCAUGUGGCAGAGGGUUGUAUGAGAAGACUAUAGACUCCCAACGAGACUCAAGUGCCCCCGCUAGGUUCACAGUGGGAAGUGCUGAGUCCACACUGUUAAUACAGCCAGGAGGUUAUACACCCCAGAGAGCGCUUAUAAAUCCCUUCACACCAGCCAGGAUACCCAUGAAACUCACAUCAAACCGCCGGCGCUGGAUGCACACAUUUCCACUUGAUCCCUAUGGUGAAGCUAUUCAAAUCCACCACCAGACUAGACAAAACAUCACUCAUUUGCAAGACAGCCAUCAGAGAUUUAACGGCCACAUCUCAACUGAUCAACUGGAAGUCGCAUAUCAGGAAGCCACAGGAAGAAAAUGCCUAUACCUGUUCCUUGAUCAAGCAGAAGAAAAUGGAUGGGGGGAUCUUUGUCUCCUGUUUUGGCCUCAAAUGACAUGCCCAACAAGUUAUCCAAAAGCAGACGAGAAUGUCCUCUGCAUAAGUGAAGGAAUGGAAGAAUACACUCAAAGUUCGGCCAACAGUGGAGGGACCAGGAGUGCUUCUGAAUUUGAUGACUCGACCCAAAUCGGUGCCAAUCCAAUGCCUAGCUUCUGUUGUGCAGUGGGAGUUGACUGGAAAUCUCUGACCACACCGGCCUGCUUGCCCCUCACCACUGACUACUUCCCUGACCGCCAAAUGCUACAAAGUGACUACACUGAGGGAUGCUACGACUUACUGCCACACAGUGAUCUGGAGAGGCGAGAAGAUGAAGUGCCAGGGAUGAAUGCUGCUCAAGUGUUUGAAGAAUUUGUCUGUCAGAGGUUGAUGCAGGGCUACCAGAUCAUUGUCCAGUCAAACAAGAGGAGACGACAUACCUCUGUAGCUGCUCCCCUUGCCAGCAGUCCUUUAUACACCAGAGGUUUGAUGGCAAUGCGGCGAGGCGAGGAAGAAGAGAAAGUUUACUGGCUCAGUAUGGGUAGGACCUUCCAUAAAGUUUGCCUCAAAGACAAGAUACUCACUGUAACUCGAUACUUGCCAAAAUACCCAUAUGAGUCAGGUCAUAUUCGGUACAGCUACAGCCUGUGUCCUCCACAUGUCGAUGCUCAGUUUGUGUCCUGUUGGGUCGAGUUUGGCCAUGAAAGACCAGAAGAAUAUAAAUGGAAUUACUUGGACCAGUACAUCUGCUCUACUGGCUCUGAGGAUUUCAGUUUGAUCGACUCACUAAAGUUCUGGAGGACAAGGUUCCUCUUGCUUCCAGCUGGAGGAACUCGGCGUGUGGCUGAUGGAGACGGACACUGGGAUGUUUAUGGAGAUGGAUCAAAUACAGGAAUCGGUGGUUGUGCUGAUUGGUUCCUGGUGGAUGGUUUCAUCCGCUUCCUUGAAGGAGUCAACCGGAUUCGACGGCGUCAUCGCUCCGACAGAAUUAUCAGAAAAGGCACUCCAAUGAAGGCCAUAAAUAUUCUCCUUUCAUAUCCUUCCGAACCAAUGGUGACGCUGCAAGGGAAAAAAGGAACAUCAGCUUUAUCAGCUUUACUGGAGAUGGAUCAGAGCCAUAGGACAUUUGAAGAGCAACAACAGAAGGCCAAGCCCAUAACACCGGUUUCUGAAGUCUCAAGUGCAGAAAGUCCACAUAAGUUGGCUGCUGAAUAUAAUGAAGUUGUGGACAAGGGAUUCCAAGUUGGACCAACUGCUGGAGCAUCAUUACAGUCUACAGGAGAGACUGCAACUGGCAGUAACAUUGACCCGAGAUUAGCUGGAUGCAGUGGACAUUUUGGACUUGAAGACUUUUCUCUGUCCUCGUCAUCAACACUUUUGGAUAUCCUGGAGGCCAUUAAACAUCCCAGAACAGGUGUGCUCCUGCUCCCAGAACAGAGGGGUCUGCCAUGCAACUGCUUCAUAAGCGCUGAGGUCGUGCACUGGUUGGUCACCAAUGUUGAAGGUGUAGCCACACAAUGCAUGGCUGUUGAUAUUAUGCAGAAAAUGAUGGAGGAAGGGUUGGUGGCCCAUGCAUCUGGAGAUGCUAUGCGGACUUUCAUUUAUGGAUUCUACAUCUAUAAGAUUGUGGCAGAAAAGGAUGGCCAAACCUCACAGCUGCCCCCAACAGGGGCCUGUGGAUGGUCGACUUCAGCCUUGGAAGAUUUUGCCCUGUUUCAGAGAAAAUGGUUUGAGGUGGCCUUUGUGUUGGAGGAGCAACAACCAUGUGACCUCCCAGCGUUCCUGCUGCCCUGGCUCCCAAGCCGACCAGCGUCUUAUGCAAGCAGGCAUAGCUCUUUUAGUCGCAGCUUUGGAGGACGCAGCCAGUCAGCAGCAAUGCUCGCUGCUACAGUCCCAGAGCAGAAGACAGUCACUCUGGAUGUUGAUGCUAAUAAUCGCCGCGGUCGAAUUGAAUGGUGCACCUGUUAUUAUCUUGGCAACUUCUCCCUAAAUUCUGCCUUUGAGAUUAAACUGCAUUGGAUGGCUGUCACUGCUGCAGCCCUCUUCGAGAUGGUUCAAGGUUGGCACAGGAAAGCGGCUUCCUGUGGUUUGUUAUUGGUUCCUGUUUUGGAGGGUCCAUUCGCACUGACAUCACAACUAUAUGGAGAUCCACUGAGAGCCCAACUCUUCAUUACUAUUAAUAUUCAAUGUCUGAUGAAGAAUGGUAGCGAAAACUUGUUUGAAGGUUUUGAACCAGAGACCUACUGGGAAAGGAUGCAGCUCUUUCAAGAGGCCAUAUUGUUCAGAUUUGGGUUUGUACUCGACAAGUUUUCUGCUUCAGCCUUUAAUUUCCCGUCGGAGAGCAGACCCCAGUACAUCCACAUAACAGGAACUGUGCUGCUACAACUGCCAUACUCAAAAAAAAAGUAUACUAGUGGCCAACAGCGUCGGCGCAGGAACUCCACCACAUCCAACAACCAGGGCUCACUGAGUGGUGAGGAUCGGGUUGGCUACUAUUGGUGCUACAACACCAUGUUGACUAAAGCCUGGAGGACUGGUGUUCUGGGUGAUGAGAGGCUGGCUGACCGACUGCUAAAAGACUUCACAGACUUCUGUGCCAAUAAAGACAACAGACUGCUUAACUUUUGGAACAGUUGCCUCGAGAAAAUUCGCACCAGUGCACCCUAAGGCAACAAUUCUUGUUUCAGUGCUUGUGUGUGAUAUAUCAUUUUUAAUACCUGAUGUUACAUUGUUUUUUACUCACAUCAUCUCUGUUUCCCUGUUUAUUCUUUCAAAUGGAAUUUCUCUAAGUCUCUUUCAGGCACUUCUAUGGCUAAGGUUGGGUGAGUUUAAAAUGUAUUCUGACAGUUAUAUCUGUGAAGAAAAUGUCAUUAUUGAUGUAAUCCAAGUACCAAAAUGCAAAUGCCAGUUGGUUGUUUUAGUUAUUUCUUUUAGGUUACUCCAAUAUAAAAUAUGCUAGAGAAGAAAUAAAAAGACAAAGGAAACUAGAGCCCUUUUUGACAGAGCGGUCACCCAAUGAUCCCAGAAGCAAGGUUGUCUGUGGCUUAAUGCCAGACAAACCACGGUUCCAAAAAACACCAAUGCAGGAAGACAUUUUCCCUUUUCCGGACACAGAACACCGGAGCUCCCCCCUGGAGGCAGAUUUGAAUGCGAGCGCCAGUCCUCUUGAAAGGGGUUGGAAUGUUCUACUCUGGAAUUACCCAUGGUGAGGCUCCGAGCAGGUGUGGAUAUACUUGUUAUCCCCCAGCUCGUACCUGUCAAUUGGGGUUCACCCGGGGGACAAUCUGCUAGCUUCCCUCCACCUUUUGGGGCGAGACGGGGUGGGGGGUGCUGAACCCACCCUUUUUGGAGUCCUUGGAGGAAGUGCUGGAGAGUGCUCCUGCUAGGGAGACUAUACUUCUGCUGAAGGACUUUAAUGCUCAUGUGGCAAUUAUAUUGAGACCUAGAAGGAUGUUAUUAGGUGGAACGGUCCUCCGAUCAGAACCCGAGUAGUCUUCCGUUAUUGGACUAGGAAGCCUUAUACAGUACAACGUGGGUUCUCGACCACAAUCUGUUCCAGAAGGUGGUUUUAAGAAGGGAUUUGUUCAAAAUCCAAAUUGAUAUUUUCCAUUACAAUUAAUGGAAAAAGAAAUCAUGUGCUCAAGCAUAAAAAAUGGGCUUUUAAAAGAACUUUUUGGCUUUUUCUGAUCAUAAACUGCAUAGUAUAAAUACAUAUCUAAUUACUUUGUAUAAUGAAAUAAUUUAAGAAAUGUAUUUAUUUUUUGCUUAAAAUAUAUGGUUUAGUAGUUGAGUAGCUAGGCUGGGAGUGCAUUGCCAUAUCUCUGGCGACUCGGCCCCCAGCCUUGUAAACUUUUUUUUUAAUUAUUAAAAGUGCAGAAUAACUUUAAACAAGCAAUAAUGACGGGGGUGAAAAAAGCAAAUAAAAUUAUUUUUACAAAAAGUAACAUACAAAAACAACUCGUAACUCGAGUUAAUGAAAUCUUUUAAACAAAACAAAAAUGCAGAAAUACUAGUGGAGCAUUAUUAAAAUUCACAAGAUAAAAGCAAUGCAAAAUUAUCAACUCUCUUUGGUGAGGGUGACUCGCCGCCUGGAAGUUCUUUCCCAAAGUACUUAUCGAGUGUCACUACUUUAGAGCCGUGAUUGGAAAUUAAUAGUCACCAAUAGGAAGAAAAAACAGUCAGUAAAUGUUGCUACCGGGACACGUCUGCGUACAGAGGCUGCAUUAUACACAAUAACAAAUCCCGUCGUGGGUCAGCUGGUCAAGUCGCGCGCGUUAUGUUAUUUCCGGGUUCUUUCUGGGGUGUUGGAAUUCUUGGUCGACAUUGCCGCCAUUUCUGACGGUCUUAUUUCUUAUAGAUGUCUAGAUAUGAUUCCUCAGUUUUGAGGAAAAUUCAAAGUGUCUGACUUCGGGUUGAAUACUCAGCUUCUACUCCCAAUUUGGAGCAGGUAUUCCUGGGUAUUUUACUCACGACCCUGAGUCAGUUUUAGAUCUCUCAAACUUUGGAGAUUCACUCUGUAGACAUUCACUCUCACAGCAUGAUCAAUUUCUGUGUCCUGAAACUUAAGAGUUUCUCUUCGGAAGUAGUGAUCUUCCUAGGAUCUUAUUCUUUUGAAAAUGGGAAAUGUACUAGUCAUUCAACUAUAGUUAUUCUGUGCUAUUUUCUUUGUGGAAAAUAGGAAAUAUACUAGUCCGUUGACAAAAUAUUCUGUGCUAUUCUUCCUGUGAAAAAUAGGAAAUAUACUAGUCUUUCGACUAGAUAUUCUACGCUAUUCUUCCUGUGAAAAAUAGGAAAUAUACUAGUCAUUCGAUGAAAUAUUCUGUGCUAUUCCUCCUGUGAAAAAUAGGAUAUAUAUUAGUCUUUCGACUAGAUAUUCUGUGAUAUUCUUCCUUUGAAAAAUAGGAAAUAUACUAGUCUUUCGGCUAGAUAUUGUGCUAUUUUUCCUGUGAAAAAUAGGAAAUAUACUUGUCGUUUGACUCGAUAUUCUGUCCUUUUUUCCCGUCAACCUUCAGAUCCCAGUCUGAGAGCUCGAGGACCGGUCCCUUAACGGGUAUGUGUUGCCGUGGCCACGGUCUUUCCCGGAGGCUGACUGUGAAGCUGUGAUCUAAUUAGGACCCAGGGAACGACUGGUCUUCGCCAGAUCGUCGCAACUCAUGCCCCGUUCCUGCACUCCCGUAUUCUUGAUCGUGAACCCUGGUGUACCGACCUCCGCCUGUCCUCCGACCGUCCCCACCUGCUCUCUACGCCCGACGUCUUGAGUACCGCUGCUCCACUUGACUGUCUGCCUGAUCCCCGACAUUGGACCGAAUAAACACUUUUCCCAAACUGCUUCUGCAUCUCCGGAGUCCUGCAUUUGGGUCCUCCUCCAACCGAUGGGUCGUGACAGAACGAUCUGGCCAAACCAGGACCCACCAGGAAAGACCUCGUCGCCGGGACCGACGCGAGGUAAACCGACUGCCGAAAGACCAAGCCUGUCCUAUCCGGGUAGGCUCCAUGAUGUUGUCCCCUUCUUCCGUGUCACACGCACCGCCUGCAUGCCAUGAAUACAUCCUGACCACGACCUGCUCAGCGCCUCAUAUUGUUUUGGACUGUGAUUUUUGGACUAUGAGGAAGAACUUGAUUUAUACAACCGUCUGCCUGACUACGAUUCAGAUUUUGACUAUGAAUGUCCUCUCCCUAUCUUUAGUCCCAGUCAGUUUGCUUCACCUCCCCGUGUUUCCCGCUCCCGAGUGUCUUCGCCCGGUAGGUCCAAGUCCUCGUCCUCCAAUCCUUUUUUGGGAACCCGCUUGGCCAUCUACCCGGGUCCUCCGCGUGGCGGAGAGGAGACGCCCAGGCCGGGUGCUCCCGUGUGUCACUCCUGCAGUCUUGGCAAGGAAUAUUGUUUCCCGGGCUGCGACAUCCCGCCUUGCUGAACAGUAAGAGAUGUGUAGGCUGCUGUACCCAAACAUUGUCAUGAACGAGACUUGGCCACUGCCAAGAGGGGUGUGGCAACACCAUUUCUCUCUCACAGCUGUUUCUCAUUGGGACUAUAAUUAGACAGGCAUUUAAGUUGGAGUUUUUGUCUGUGGCAUUGGCCAGUUCGUUGCCUUGCGUUACUGAGUUGCGUUCACUGCCAGCAGGAAUCUUCACCACUGAGAGAAAGCGAUUCUGUGCCACCAUAGUUCCAAGUUUCCCUCCUUGUCAUCAGACCUCGCUUCAUGUUUUUGUAUUUUGCUGGUAGCCUAGCGUUGUUGUGGCUCUGCCUUCUUGAAUAAAACUAUGCCUAACGUCAUGCCCUCAUCUCGGAGUCCUGCAUUUGGGUCCAGCCCUGCACCGUUGGUUCCUGACAGAACGAACUGGCCAUUACAGGACCCAGCAGGAAAGACGCGGAGUCGCCGGGGACAGCACCAGGACAGCACCUGCCUGAGGACCACGCAUAUUCUGUCCGGUGAUUUUUCAGAUUAUGAGGAAGACCUGAAUUUAAGUGACCGGCUGCCGGAUUCUGACUUGGACAUGGAAGGCGAAUUCUCCCUUCUGGUAAUGAGUCUCAGUGACUUCGUUUCGCCUCACGUUCCUGUCCAGGGGGCGGCAACAGCUUGUUGUCACAUGAAAAUUGACGUCCCUUGACAUCCUUACAAAUGUAGAUUGUGAAACACAAUAACAUCGAAUUUAAUUGGAAUAUGUUAGGUUUAGCUUUUUUGUUGCGCUUGUUGGCUGUCAAAACCAUGCAGGCAGUCGCAAAAAAGUAACUUUUCACUGGUAAGUGUGUUUCAGCUAAACCUUCAUAUUAAUUAUUAUAUAUUCAUCGCAUCGUUUUCCAUAACAAUGUGUGUAUGUUUACCAUACUUUUUGCCCUGACCAGAAGUCAGAGCCUGUUGACCAUGGCAGAAUCAAUGAUGGAUUCUGAGUGCACAGUCCAGUUUUUAUUCUACGUCAUUGCUUCCCACUCAGCAACCAUUAUGUCUGCCGCCAUGGUCAAUGGGCUCUGACUUCCGGUCAGAGCAAAAAGCAUGGUAAACAUACACACAUUGUUAUGGAAAACAAUGCGAUAAAUCUAAAUACUUGGGAUGUUUUGGAUCGCUAGAGACACGAAUGUAUUCUAAACAUUUGCAGGAUGCCCAGGAAGAUUUAGAAGAUACAUUGACACAUGCAUAUGUAAUAGGAAUUACAGACCUUAAUAUUAUUCCCUAUGCCGUUCCACAUUAAAAACUUUUUAAUUUUUCUAGAUAAACAUUGGACUGAUGAUUCUACAUGGAAAUUUGUUAAAAUGUCUAAGAGGGAAAACACUACCAUUACAUGUGCACCCAGUUGUGACGGCACCUGAAUUGCAGAAAAAAGCUGUCCAGAAAAUGACUAUAACAAGGACCAAGGUGAAGGACCAUACAAAGUUAUUUUCAGACUGCACAGAGGUGACUCAUGUCUCUGGCACAAAAAGCCCAUUCACCUUGUCAGUCUAUAAAAAAAGUACUUGGGAAACCAUAUAGACGGCUCACCUUUUUCAUUUGCCUGGAAACAGAUUUUAGAGGGGGUUAGUGAACUUCAUGAUUAAUCCUUAAUUUGUCUGCAUCAACUGUUAUAAAUCUGUGGGUUUAUUUUUGUGAUGAUUUUUUUUUUUAAUUCACAGUGGGUUCCAAUGAUAGUACCUCACAUUCUGAGGUAGUCAUCACAUUAAAGAGCACAGAUGAAUUAUAUCGAGCUGAUACUGUGGUACAUCGUUUAUUUUAAUACUUUAAUUUUGUGGUCACUAGUUUAGAGAAGGAUUAUUAUUGUUUAAGUUUAUAGUUACUGUUAGGAACAAUGACAACCUUUCACGAUUUAUACAGUGCUGUGAAAAAGUCUUGGCUGCAAUGAACUCAUGAUCUAACAAGAGGGGUGAUUACUUUUUCUACACAGGUUAGGUAACAAGUCCCCCCCCCCCCUUAAUAAAUUAAAUUACCAUUGAAAAAUGGCAUUUUAAGUUCACUUGGGUUAUAUUAGUCUAUUUACAUCUGUUUGCUGAUCUUAAAGUUUGGAAACUAUGUAAAACUUAUAAAACUUGUGAAAGAUGCAAUACCUUUUAUGCCACU